UGGUGUGCCCGCUGCUGCGCCCGCUGCUGCGUUUGCUUGCCGGCAGCUCCGCCCGCUGCGGCGAAUGCGGCUCGGACCCGGGCCGUGGCGGGAGCGAAGAUGCCACAGCCCGAGUCCCGAAAGGCCGGGGUCCUGCGCUGCCGGCGUCGGGGAAACUGAAAAUGGGCCUUCAGCUAUGCUAGGUCUAUAAUGGGAAGUGUCACAGUUCGAUAUUUCUGUUAUGGAUGCCUUUUUACAUCUGCAGCCUGGACAGUUUUGCUUUUUGUUUAUUUCAACUUCAGUGAAGUGACUCAGCCACUUAAGAAUGUGCCCAUCAAGGGGUCUGGGCCCCAUGGACCAUUACCCAAAAAAUUUUAUCCCCGUUUCACUCGAGGUCCAAGUCAAGUGUUAGAAUCACAGUUCAAAGCAAACAAAAUUGAUGAUCUGAUAGAGAAUCAUAUUGAAGAUCCAGAAAGAGGCAACAUGAAAUUCUCUUCUGAGCUGGUGGAAUUAGUUUUCCAUGACCAGAUUUUGAGAAAUGCUGUUACAAGGGAGUCAUUCUGUGAGGAGAGGCUAAAGGUUUUAUGUGGGAAAGAGGAAGCAAGAGGAGGCUUUAUUGUUCUUGGUGAAGGUAUGAUUUUUAAUGAACGUGAUCAGGAGUUGAGAGACUUGGGGUAUCAGAAACAUGCCUUCAAUAUGCUUAUUAGUAACCGCUUGGGCUACCAUAGAGAUGUGCCAGAUACAAGGAAUGCAGCAUGUAAAGACAGGUCUUACCCGACGGAUCUGCCAGUCGCUAGUGUUGUUAUUUGUUUCUACAAUGAAGCCUUUUCUGCCUUGCUUCGGACCGUGCACAGCGUCCUAGACCGCACACCAGCCCGGCUUCUUCACGAAAUUAUCCUCGUGGAUGAUGACAGUGACUUCGACGAUGUGAAAGGAGAACUAGAUGAAUACAUCCAAAAAUACCUCCCUGGAAAGAUUAAAGUAAUAAGAAAUACAAAACGUGAGGGAUUGAUUCGAGGAAGAAUGAUUGGAGCAGCCCACGCAACAGGAGAAGUCCUGGUGUUCCUGGACAGCCACUGUGAGGUGAAUGUGAUGUGGCUGCAGCCCCUGCUGGCUGCCAUCCGGGAGGACCGGCAAAUGGUGGUGUGCCCGGUGAUCGACAUCAUCAGCGCUGACACGCUGGCCUACAGCUCGUCCCCUGUGGUGCGGGGAGGAUUCAACUGGGGGCUGCACUUCAAAUGGGACCUCGUUCCCCUUUCUGAGCUCGGAGGAACAGACGGAGCUACUGCACCAAUAAAGUCACCUACAAUGGCUGGAGGAUUGUUUGCCAUGAACAGAAACUAUUUCAGUGAACUUGGACAGUAUGACAGUGGCAUGGAUAUCUGGGGAGGAGAAAAUUUAGAAAUAUCAUUUCGGAUUUGGAUGUGUGGAGGUAAGCUCUUCAUCAUCCCUUGCUCUAGAGUUGGACACGUUUUCCGGAAAAGGAGACCAUAUGGCUCUCCAGAGGGCCAGGACACCAUGACACACAACUCCCUGCGGCUGGCACAUGUCUGGUUGGAUGAGUAUAAGGUGAGAUUAAAUCUCUCACCGAGAAGGAUGGAUGAUAAGGAGCAGUAUUUUUCCUUAAGACCUGAUCUGAGAACCAGAAGCUAUGGAAAUAUCAGUGAGCGCGUUGAGUUGAGGAAGAAGUUGAAUUGUAAAUCAUUUAAAUGGUAUUUGGAUAAUAUUUACCCAGAGAUGCAGAUAUCUGGGUCCAAUGCCAAACCCCAGCAACCCAUUUUUAUCAAUAGAGGGCCAAAACGCCCCAAAGUCCUCCAACGUGGAAGGCUCUAUCACCUCCAGACCCACAAGUGUCUGGCAGCCCAGGGCCGCCCAAGUCAGAAAGGAGGCCUAGUAGUGCUUAAGGCAUGUGACUACAGUGACCCAAAUCAGAUUUGGAUUUAUAAUGAAGAGCACGAAUUGGUUUUAAACAAUCUCCUUUGCCUGGAUAUGUCAGAGACUCGCUCAUCAGACCCCCCACGACUCAUGAAAUGCCACGGGUCAGGAGGAUCCCAGCAGUGGACCUUUGGGAGGAAUAAUCGGCUGUACCAGGUGUCAGUUGGACAGUGCCUGAGAGCGGUCGAUCCACUGAGUCGCAGAGGCUUUGUCGCCAUGGCCAUCUGUGAUGGCUCCUCGUCACAGCAGUGGCAUUUGGAAGGUUAGGGUGGAUGCUGUGGCUGCAACGGUGAUUUGUCAUGCUCGUCCUCAACACAGAGACGCCUGGGACCCUAGCAGAGGUGAGACAGCAGCCACAGUAGAGGUCACGGCCCCGAGUGACCAUCGGGAGGUGAAGAAGUAUGGUUCACCAAGAGGUUCAGGUCAUUUCUCAGCUGCUGUUAAGGAAUUUCUUACUUAUGGUAGGAAACCAGAAUGCAGUAUUAACUCUCUAAAGAGUCAGGUUUGUAUAGAAGGAUAAAGCCCAGGAAAUUGACAUGUCUAUUCAAAUUUAUUUAUGCUUCCUUUUAAUCCCUUAAAUAAUGGAGUGGCGUUUAUCUGAUCAGGAACUUGUCAUGAUUUCCUUUCUUAGAAGAUUUUGUAGAUGACAGUUAAUUUUUUUUAAAUUUCUAAUACCAUGUUCUAAAUAGUUUUAAAUAAACUGAUUGAAUCCACAUUACGUUUAACUUCAGAAGGCAUCAUUUAUAAGAUUAUAUUUAAGAGAGUUAACUAUUAUAAAUUAUUUUGAUGAAUUAUGGUACUAUAUACAUUUACAAUAAAGGAUCCUUUUAAUUAUCUAGGA